AUGGAUCGAAAAUGUCUCCUGGCGAUAGGAGCAGGCGCUCUCAUCAGACUAGUCCUUUUUACUGCAUUCCCUUCGUUGCCAACGAUUCUCGCCCAGAGAGUGGAGAUAUCGACGCCAGUCACGUCCUAUAAACGCCUGCAGGAAGGUAUUUACCUUUAUACACACGGCGUAUCACCAUAUGAUGGCGGGGUCUUCCAUCAGGCGCCACUACUGUUAUCGUUGUUCUCGAUAUUGCCGCCUUCCACAAUUGUUACAAACUUGCUCUACAUCCUUGCCGAUAUCUUCUCUGCUAUUUCGUUGAUUCGGAUCGCAUCGUCUGGCGUUCCCACUGUUACACCCCACCAUGUGUCUCCGAGGAAGGCAAAUUCAUGGCCACCAUGGGCGAUUGCUGCUGCAUUUCUCUUCAAUCCGUUCACAAUAGCGACUUGCAUUGCCCGUCCUACAAUUGUUUUCACGAAUACGAUAAUAUUACAUUCGAUAGCUGCGGCCGUUAAUGGUCGACGUGGACCGGCAUUCGUAUCCAUGGCUAUGGCGUCGUACUUGUCAUUGUAUCCCGCAUUACUGCUCCCGCCACUACUGUUUCUCACAUAUGAUUCUUUAAAGACCACAUCAAAGCCUUCAAUCCAGGCGUUUUCUGCGAUUACCACGAUCAUGCUGAGUAUAGUGUUGAUGAUAUACUUCAAACUUUCUCACAUGAUAACCGGGUCCUGGGAGUUUGUGGCCUCAACCUACGGCGUUCACUUGCUACUACCAGAUCUUACACCAAAUGUUGGAUUGUGGUGGUACUUCUUCAUCGAGAUGUUUGACAGCUUCCGAGCGUUCUUCUUAUGCUUGUUCCAGUUGCACCUCUUGAUAUACGUUCCACCAGUUUGUCUAAGGCUGAGGAAACAACCGUUGUUUGCAUUAAUUACCCUAAUUGGUAUUUCCUCAAUUUUCAAAUCCUAUCCAGCAAUUGGUGAUACCGGUCUUUAUCUAUCACUUCUCAUGCUGUACAACCAUACGUUUUCUCUCAUGCGAUACACUUUCUUCCUAGCCGCUGCCAUUCUCUACGCAACUUUCCUAGGGCCGGCAUUUUACUACCUAUGGGUUUACGCCGGUAGUGGAAACGCAAAUUUCUUCUAUGCAAUCACUCUAGUGUGGUCUAUAUCCAAUGCAUUGAUCGUAGCAGAUGCGAUUUAUGCUGCCCUUCGAGACGAGCACGAGACCGAGCGACCGGAGUUGAUCGGAAAGGAUGUUGUGCAAAUAUAA